AUGGAAUGGGAUGAUGAGGGUAUGCUGUUAUGGGGCAGAAAAUACGAAUUGGGCCUUUGUCACUUCUGGCGCACGCAUCCCGACAGUCGACAUCCCCCAGAUCAAACGGACGCUGUAGCUGCACACACACACAGAGGUAUAGAAUUCCUCGAAAGACUAGGUGCUUUCGCUAAGGAGCGGGCUAUGAUUGAAGAGGAAUAUGCCGCUAAAUUAAGGUAUGUGUAUAACGACGUAAGCACAGAAUCUCUUGGUAGGAAGAAAGAAGAUGAAGAAGCAGCUAAGAGUUUCACUUAUGUGAGGUCAUUUGCGAAUCUGCUCCACGAACUAGAGCUACUUGCUGGUCAGCAUGAGGUGUGUACUGUGUAA